AUGGCUACGAUACCCUCCUCACGACUGCUCCGGCCCAAUCUAGCAUUGGUGCAACAGGACACAAUCCUCUCUUUCCUCGUCCCAUCGGUCCAAUGCGCGCGCUUCUCCACAUCACCCGCCCGAUGGAAGAGAGACAACAACAAGAACAGAGGAAACUCUGCAGUCAGAGCCACCGGUCUGCGUCCUAGACAGACAUUGUCAGUCAGGGAGAAAGAUUUUUCGAAGCAGCAAUUGCCGACACCCGUCAAGAUUGAGCAGGAAGUGACGGGCACACCAGACCAUGGCCUUUGGGAUUUCUUCAAGGACCAGAGGCUUUUACAAACACCUGUGGAAGAGCAGAGGCAUGGAAGAUCGUGGACUGUUGGCGAACUACGCAGUCGAGACUGGGAGUCGCUACACCAGCUGUGGUGGGUAUGUGUGAAGGAGCGGAAUCGUCUUGCGACCGAGAAACUCGAGCGCAAGCGUCUAGAUGCGGGCUACGGCGAUUAUGAGAAUCAGGAGCGAGACAAGACUGUGCAGGAGACGAUGAAGGCAAUUCUGGACACACUAGCUGAGCGACACCUGGCAUACCAGGAAGCCUAUGUACUGGCACAACGCGAUCCGGACAUUGACCUGACAAGAACAGACGGCCCACAGUACACUCAACCAACAUAUGACCCGUUAGAAGCAGAUGAGGCGCCGUACACUGCUGAGGCCGAGGCACCCGUCGAAGAGCCCUCGAAAGACAAAAUACUUUCAGAACCAGAAGUACAACCGAAGGUGAAGGUGAAUCACGCAUGA